UUUCAUUUGCAAAUAAAUUACUAUUGUUUUGAUUUAGAGAGGAACGAAGAUUGGAUCGUACUGACUACCAUGGCUGUGAUCUCGCAUAGGCAACGGUGAUCACGUGCCACAUUCCAUUCUUGCGAUCGCUGAGAGUGACUGGCCGUUGCCUGAAAGACUGAGGACUUCGAAAAUUGACCCAGGAAGAGCUCGCGGGAUUACCACGAAAAGAAAAAAAUACUGUUCCUUUGAACGACUUGGACACCCCAGCUCUUCUGAACUAAACACGGUCUUUUUCCUGUUCGCGGGUUGUAUAAAGGCAACGCCAGCAUUAAACAGAUCGCGUAUUCAAAAAUAUACCAUAAAAAUAUAAAAGUAUGCGGACUAUGUUGCAGAACACCAGCUGAUAGACGAGUAUUCGCGUUUCCUGAGCGAAAUCUGCGAUGGCUCCAAUUGACCCGCUGCAGCUGCUAAAGGCACUGUCUCCUCUGCUGUCGCCGGAAGGUGGCAUCAGGAGUUCCGAUGAAGUGUCCAGGUUGUCUAGCCUUAUGAAAAAGUUUUCACGUAAGCUGGUGAGCCGGUGCAUCUACUGCAAUGUGCUGCGCGCUACCUCGCCAGACAUCUUGGAGGUGUUUCUGGAGCUGGAUGGCUGGUCUACAAUUCACAUGUGGCUGCAAGAAGCUAAGACUGCUGAGAACAUGCCAUUCCUCUGUGAGCUGCUUAAGCUGUGCCAGAUUCUUCCCAUGUCACUGGAACGAUUGAAAGAGAACAGCAGUCCUAAACUUAUUAAGAGUCUGAUGAAAAGCAGCGAUGAAAAUGUGCGUUUAACAGCUGAGAAAGUUGUUAGUGGCUGGAUGAAGCUGAUCAAGGGCGAUUCCAAGGAGGCUGUCAAGCCAGCCCGGGAGGCAGACACCACGGUCAAGAAAAAGAAGAAGUCGUCAUCAGCAUCUGCGAAUACUCCAAAGGCGGCUCCUGUGAAGAAGGAUCGCUCAAAGGGUUCCAUAGAUGAGUCUAGCAGUGAAAAUAGUAAUACGUCUUGUGGCACACAUGGCCCUUCUAAAAGUCCUUCAUCCAGUGGAUCCUCUGAAAAGGAGACCACUUCAACACUGAAGGAAGUGCCAGCUAAGAAGCCUAAAGUUGCUGAUCGUCCGAAGACAGUGAAGACCUUUCAAACACGAUUCCGAUCUACAGGCCUAGAGGAGGCACCCCUGCCACCACCCACAAAAGCAGGCACCAAGAAAGUGAGUCGGCCAGCUGUUGAUAAAAAUGCAGUUCUGUCGGCACGGCAAAGGCUUGCUCCAACGGUACAUGCUGAGAGAAGGGUGAAGCCUUCAAGUCUUGUAUCCAUGGGUGGGGAUGGACGUGACACGGCAGGCCCUGGAAUUCGGCUCAUUGCACCAAAACCUGUUCAUGUACUGCACGAGGAUGGCGGAUUCAUGGAUGCUCUCACAGCAGCUCCUGCACCAUCGACCACAACAGCAGCACGGCGUAAGCGCAAGCCUUCUGGUGCCGCCACAGCUGCGGGCCCUGGAGGUGGCAAGAAUGCUGCUUCCAGUUCUCCCACCAGCCCCACGCCUGCUGCGCCGAAGUUCCAAUUCUACAAGGACACACUAGAGACUGCAGAGGCUGCAGGGGAAGCGGACAGCGAGAAGACAAAAGAAGCCGCAAAGACAGAAGAGGAGGAGGAGGAGGAGGAUGAUAUUGGAAAGAGAGUGAAGCGGAGGAAGAGGGGACAGGCCACAGCAGCAGUUGAAGGCAAGUCUGAUGGAGAAGGUAUUGAAUCCCCAGAGAGGGAGGAUUCGCCACCAACUCCAACAGCUACAGGAGAGGAAGAAGGGACAACAAGCGAAGGCCAGGAGGGGGCAGCAAAGGCUUCAGAAGGGGACAGCAAAGAAGAAAUUGCUAACAAGGAAAAUGAAGGUGAAGAGAAGAGCAGUGAGGUUGAUGUACCAUCAUCAGACAGGCCAACUUCAAUACUUUCAAUGACAAGAAAAAAGACCAAGAAGUCUGUGCGCUGGGUGGAAGAAAGCAAACUGAAGCAGUUCCACUACUUCGAGCUUGAUGAGACUGAAAGAGUGAAUGUUAAUAACCUGCACAACUUUGGUGACAUGAAGACCCUAGAAAUGAAGCGUGAGAGGCAAGCAGUUGAGACAGCUCGUAGGCUGAUGGGCGACCGUAUGGAGGAGGCCAUUCCAUUUCGACCACCUCGGCGGUUGACACUGCCUGAACCUCUUGCUGAGCCGGGUGCCAACAGCCAGGAAAAGGAAAUACAGAAGCUUCGGCAGCAGAAGACAUUGCAGGAAAUCUAUUUCUCAAAAGAAAUGAUUCCAGACUCUGCAUAUGAACCUGACCCCGAACAACUGUCUUCACAAGAGCCGAAGCUUAUCCCACUUGAAGAUGAAAACAGCCCGGGAGGUACAUUGGACUACUCGCACAUGGAGCUUCCCAAAUCCAGCAGCCUGCCACCUAUCUUGUCAAAUCUGGUGCUCUCCAUAGCUUCCAAGGGUCAGCAGCCUCAAGGAAGUGCCCCUUCACACCAGGGGGUGCAGCAGCCGCCGCUUCAGGGUGGCCUCCUACAGGGACCAUUCCAGGGUGGUGGUCCCAUGCAGCAGCAGCAGCAGCCACAGCAGCAGCAGGGAGCCCUCCUCCAAAACUUGGCUGGCCUGCAUCCUGGCAGUGGCCAGAUUGCGGCCGACAUUCAGCAGCAACAGACACUGGCCAUGAUGGGUGUAAUAGGCCCAGAUGGAGUGCAGGCUGGGAUGCACCCAGGAGGCAUACCUAUGGGAGGAGACCCCAACGGGCCGCCUUUCAUGCAUGGCAACUCCAUGCAAAACCCAGGCAUCGGAAUGAUCGGUCCUCCAAUUGGCAUUGGUGGAGCUGCAGGCUUCCCCAUGGGAGCUGGUGGUCCAAUGCACCCCCACAGUGCAGGGGCCAAUGCCGGGGACUGGGGCAUGAUGCACCCUGGCAUGCCUCAGGAUGGGGCAGAGUACUACAGCCGAGGGCAUCAUCCAGGCAUGGGUGGUCCACACAUGGGCAUGGUAGGACCACCAAUGGGAGCCGGUGGUGUAGGGGGCCCGCACAUGAUGGACAUGCCUCGUGGAGGACCACCUCAUGGAAGAAACUCUCGCAUGAGAAACCAUCCACCCCGUGUACCCUGCAAGUACUACAUGACCUCACAGUGCCGGUUUGGUGCAAGCUGUUCAUUUUUGCAUCCUGGUGUGAAUGGACCGCCACUGCAGUGAUUCAAGAACAUGCUCACUUAAGUGUCACAUUGUGCAAAUCUCGGUGUAUAUAGGUGCCUGUAUAAUGUGUAAAUAGGUUCACAAACAAUGUUCAAUAUGAAAAAUAGUGAAAAAGUGGUGCUUAUUUAUUUCCAACCCUCAUUGUUUCAUUUGUGGAUGAUGCAUCCUGAGAAAUCACGGAAGUUGUGGCUGAUGGCUGCUUGUGUGACUGUAAAUAACAGCAUGUAUUUUGUAUAUACAUUUUCGUGCCACUAUAAGUUUAUCAUGCAUCAUAAAUUCAAUGUGUACAUACUUGUAGAUAUGCGCAGACAAAAUCAUAUGUAAAUAUUGCAAACUUUUCUAAAUGAAUUAAAAAUGUUGAUUUUCGUA